AUGACAUCACCCACCAGUGAUUCUUCACCAACCAGUGCGACUUCACCUACAAGUGUUCCAUCCCCUACUAGUGUAACAUCGCCUACUAGUAACACUGCUUCUACAUCACCUACGAGUGUUACAUCGCCUACCAGUGUCACAUCACCUACCAGUGUCACAUCGCCAAAUAGUGUCACAUCGGCUACCAGUGUUACGUCACCAACCAGUGCAACAUCAGCUACCAGUGCGACUUCACUUACAAGUGUGACUUCAAUUACUAGUAUGACAUCACUCACCAGCGAUACGUCACCAACCAGUGUUACAUCCCCAGCUAGUGUAACAUCGCCUACCAGUAACACGUCACCAACCAGUGCAACAUCAGGUACUAGUGUAACAUCACCUACCAGUGUAACGUCACCAACCAGUGUAACGUCACCAACCAGUGUAACGUCAGCUACCAGUGCAACAUCAGCUACCAGUGCUACUUCACUUACAAGUGUGACUUCACUUACUAGUAUGACAUCACCCACCAGUGAUUCUUCACCAACCAGUGCGACUUCACCUACAAGUGUUACAUCCCCUACUAGUGUAACAUCGCCUACUAGUAACACGUCACCAACCAGUGCAACAUCAGGUACUAGUGUAACAUCACCUACCAGUGUAACGUCACCUACAAGUGUGACUGUCACAUCACCUACCAGUGUCACAUCGCCAAAUAGUGUCACAUCGGCUACCAGUGUUACGUCACCAACCAGUGCAACAUCAGCUACCGGUGCGACUUCACUUACAAGUGUGACUUCAAUUACUAGUAUGACAUCACUCACCAGCGAUACGUCACCAACCAGUGUUACAUCCCCAGCUAGUGUAACAUCGCCUACCAGUAACACGUCACCAACCAGUGCAACAUCAGGUACUAGUGUAACAUCACCUACCAGUGUAACGUCACCAACCAGUGUAACGUCACCAACCAGUGUAACGUCAGCUACCAGUGCAACAUCAGCUACCAGUGCUACUUCACUUACAAGUGUGACUUCACUUACUAGUAUGACAUCACCCACCAGUGAUUCUUCACCAACCAGUGCGACUUCACCUACAAGUGUUACAUCCCCUACUAGUGUAACAUCGCCUACUAGUAACACGUCACCAACCAGUGCAACAUCAGGUACUAGUGUAACAUCACCUACCAGUGUAACGUCACCUACAAGUGUGACUGUCACAUCACCUACCAGUGUCACAUCGCCAAAUAGUGUCACAUCGGCUACCAGUGUUACGUCACCAACCAGUGCAACAUCAGCUACCAGUGCGACUUCACUUACAAGUGUGACUUCAAUUACUAGUAUGACAUCACUCGCCAGCGAUACGUCACCAACCAGUGUUACAUCCCCUACUAGUGUAACAUCGCCUACCAGUAACACGUCACCAACCAGUGCAACAUCAGGUACUAGUGUAACAUCACCUACCAGUGUAACGUCACCAACCAGUGUAACGUCACCAACCAGUGUAACGUCAGCUACCAGUGCAACAUCAGCUACCAGUGCGACUUCACUUACAAGUGUGACUUCAAUUACUAGUAUGACAUCACUCACCAGCGAUACGUCACCAACCAGUGUGACUUCACCUACAAGUGUUACAUCCCCUACUAGUGUAACAUCGCCUACCAGUAACACGUCACCAACCAGUGCAACAUCAGGUACUAGUGUAACAUCACCUACCAGUGUAACGUCAGCUACCAGUGCAACAUCAGCUACCAGUGCUACUUCACUUACAAGUGUGACUUCACUUGCUAGUAUGGCAUCACCCACCAGUAACACGUCACCAACCAGUGCGACUUCACCUACAAGUGUUACAUCCCCUACUAGUGUCACAUCGCCUACCAGUAACACGUCACCAAUCAGUGCAACAUCAGGUACUAGUGUAACAUCACCUACGAGUGUAAAGUCACCAACCAGUGUAACGUCAGCUACCAGUGCAACAUCACCUACCAGUGCUACUUCACCCACAAGUGUUACUUCACGUACUAGUAUGACAUCACCCACCAGUGAUACGUCACCAACCAGUGCGACUUCACCUACAAGUGUUACAUCCCCCACCAGUGUCCCAUCGCCAAAUAGUGUCACCUCGGCUACCAGUGUUACGUCACCAAACAGUGCGACUUCACUUACUAGUAUGACAUCACCCACCAGUGAUACGUCACCAACCAGUGCGACUUCACCCACAAGUGUUACAUCCCCUACUAGUGUAACACCGCCUACCAGUAACACGUCACCAACCAGUGCAACAUCAGGUACUAGUGUAACAUCACCUACCAGUGUAACGUCACCAACCAGUGUAACGUCAGCUACCAGUGCAACAUCAGCUACCAGUGCAACAUCAGCUACCAGUGCUACUUCACUUACAAGUGUGACUUCACUUACAAGUGUGACUUCACUUACUAGUAUGACAUCACCCACCAGUGAUUCUUCAGCAACCAGUGCGACUUCACCCACAAGUGUUACAUCCCCUACUAGUGUAACAUCGCCUACCAGUAACACCUCACCAACCAGUGCAACAUCAGGUACUAGUGUAACAUCACCUACCAGUGUAACGUCACCAACCAGUGUAACGUCAGCUACCAGUGCAACAUCAGCUACCAGUGCUACUUCACUUACAAGUGUGACUUCACUUACUAGUAUGACAUCACCCACCAGUGAUUCUUCAGCAACCAGUGCGACUUCACCUACAAGUGUUACAUCCCGUACUAGUGUAACAUCACCUACCAGUAACACGUCACCAACCAGUGCAACAGCAGGUACUAGUGUAACAUCACCUACCAGUGUAUCUGUAACAUCACCAACAAGCGUGACUUCACCAACUAGUGUUACAUCUCCCACCAGUAUGACAUCAACCAGUAUUACAUCGCCAACUAGUAUAACAUCGCCAUCAAGUGUUACAUCCCCUGCGUCUGUUACUAGUGUUACUUCGCCCACCAGUGUUACAUCGCAAACAAGUGUUACUUCACCAACAAGUGUUACAUCACCAACAUCUAUUACAAGUGUUACAUCACCUACCAGUGCUACAUCUCCCACCAGUAUAACAUCGCCAACAAGUGUUACGUCACCUACCAGUGUGACAUCACCUACCAGUAAUACUUCGCCUACCAGUGCUACAUCACCUACCAGUAUAACAUCACCAACAAGUGUUACGUCACCUACCAGUGUGACAUCACCUACCAGUGUUACUUCGCCUACCAGUGUUACAUCUCCCACCAGUUUAACAUCGCCAACAAGUGUUACGUCCCCCACCAGUGUAACAUCGCCAACAAGUGUUACAUCCCCUACCUCUGUUACAAGCGGAACAUCGCCUACUAGUGUUACUUCACCCACCAGUGUAACAUCGCAAACAAGUGUUACCUCACCCACCAGUGUUACAUCACCUACGUCACACACUAGUGUGACAUCGCCUACCAGUGGUGCAUCCCCUACAUCUGUUACAAGUGGAACAUCGCCUACUAGUGUUACUUCACCCACGAGUGUGACAUCGCCUACCAGUGUGACCUCUCCAACCAGCGUGACAUCACCUACCAGUGUCACAUCUCCCACCAGUUUAACAUCGCCAACAAGUGUUACGUCCCCCACAAGUAUUACGUCACCUACCAGUGUGACAUCACCUACCAGUGUUACUUCGCCUACCAGCGUUACAUCUCUCACGUCUGUUACAAGUGGAACAUCGCCUACCAGUUCCACUUCCCCCACCAGUGUAACAUCACCAACAAGUGUUACAAGUGAAACAUCACCUACUAGUGUUACUUCACCCACCAGUGUGACAUCACCUACCAGUAUAACAUCACCAACAAGUGUUACAUCACCUACGAGUGUGACAUCACCUACAAGUGUGACAUCGCCUACCAGUGGUACAUCUCCUACGUCUGUUACAAGUGGAAUAUCGCCUACUAGUGUUACUUCACCCACAAGUGUGACAUCACCUACCAGUGUGACAUCACCUACCAGUGUUACUUCACCUACCAGUGAUACAUCUCCCACCAGUUUAACAUCGCCAACAAGUGUAACGUCACCUACCAGUGUGACAUCACCUACCAGUGUUACAUCUCUCACGUCUGUUACAAGUGGAACAUCGCCUACCAGUUCCACUUCCCGCACCAGUAUAACAUCGCCAACAAGUGUUACAUCCCCUACCUCUGUUACAAGCGGAACAUCACCUACUAGUGUUACUUCACCGACCAGUGUAACAUCACAGACAAGUGUUAACUCACCCACCAGUGUUACAUCACCUACGUCACCCACUAGUGUGACAUCGGCUACCAGUGGUUCAUCCCCUACGUCCUUUACAAGUGGAACAUCGCCUACAAGUGUUACUUCACCCACGAGUAUGACAUCACCUACCAGUGUGACCUCUCCUACCAGUGUGAAAUCACCUACAAGUGUUACAUCUCCCACCAGUGUAACAUCGCCAACAAGUGUUACAUCCCCUACGUCUUUUACAAGUGAAACAUCGCCUACUAGUGUUACUUCACCCACCAGUGUAACAUCACAGACAAGUGUUACCUCAACCACCAGUGUUACAUCACCUACGUCACCAACUAGUGUGACAUCGCCUACCAGUAGAACAUCCCCUACGUCUGUUACAAGUGGAACAUCGCCUACUAGUGUUACUUCACCCACGAGUGUGACAUCACCUACCAGUGUGACCUCUCCUACCAGCGUGACAUCACCUACCAGUGUUACAUCUCCCACCAGUUUAACAUCGCCAACAAGUAUUACGUCCCCCACAAGCAUUACGUCACCUACCAGUGUGACAUCACCUACCAGUGCUACUUCGCCUACCAGCGUUACAUCUCUCACGUCUGUUACAAGUGGAACAUCACCUACCAGUGUUACUUCACCUACCAGUGAUACAUCUCCCACCAGUUUAACAUCGCCAUCAAGUGUUACGUCACCUACCAGUGUUACUUCGCCUACCAGCGUUACAUCUCUCACGUCUGUUACAAGUGUGACAUCCCCUACCAGCGUUACUUCACCUACUAGUGUUACAUCUCCCACCAGUUUAACAUCGCCAACAAGUGUUACAUCCCCCACAAGUAUUACGUCACCUACCAGUGUUACUUCGCCUACCAGUGUGACCUCUCCUACCAGCGUGACAUCACCUACCAGUGUUACAUCUCCCACCAGUUUAACAUCGCCAAAAAGUGUUACGUCCCCCACAAGUAUUACGUCACCUACCAGUGUGACAUCACCUACCAGCGUUACAUCUCUCACGUCUGUUACAAGUGGAACAUCACCUACCAGUGUCACUUCCCCCACCAGUGUAACAUCGCCAACAAGUGUUACAUCCCCUACCUCUGUUACAAGCGGGGCAUCACCCACCAGUGUAACAUCACAGACAAGUGUUACCUCAGCCACCAGUGUUACAUCACCUACGUCACCCACUAGUGUGACAUCGCCUACCAGUGGUACAUCUCCUACGUCUGUUACAAGUGGAACAUCGCCUACUAGUGUUACUUCACCCACCAGUGUAACAUCACAGACAAGUGUUACCUCAGCCACCAGUGUUACAUCACCUACGUCACCCACUAGUGUGACAUCGCCUACCAGUAGAACAUCCCCUACGUCUGUUACAAGUGGAACAUCGCCUACUAGUGUUACUUCACCCACGAGUGUGACAUCACCUACCAGUGUGACCUCUCCUACCAGCGUGACAUCACCUACCAGUGUUACAUCUCCCACCAGUUUAACAUCGCCAACAAGUAUUACGUCCCCCACAAGCAUUACGUCACCUACCAGUGUGACAUCACCUACCAGUGCUACUUCGCCUACCAGCGUUACAUCUCUCACGUCUGUUACAAGUGGAACAUCACCUACCAGUGUUACUUCACCUACCAGUGAUACAUCUCCCACCAGUUUAACAUCGCCAUCAAGUGUUACGUCACCUACCAGUGUUACUUCGCCUACCAGCGUUACAUCUCUCACGUCUGUUACAAGUGUGACAUCCCCUACCAGCGUUACUUCACCUACUAGUGUUACAUCUCCCACCAGUUUAACAUCGCCAACAAGUGUUACAUCCCCCACAAGUAUUACGUCACCUACCAGUGUUACUUCGCCUACCAGUGUGACCUCUCCUACCAGCGUGACAUCACCUACCAGUGUUACAUCUCCCACCAGUUUAACAUCGCCAAAAAGUGUUACGUCCCCCACAAGUAUUACGUCACCUACCAGUGUGACAUCACCUACCAGCGUUACAUCUCUCACGUCUGUUACAAGUGGAACAUCACCUACCAGUGUCACUUCCCCCACCAGUGUAACAUCGCCAACAAGUGUUACAUCCCCUACCUCUGUUACAAGCGGAACAUCACCUACUAGUGUUACUUCACCCACAAGUGUAACAUCGCAGACAAGUGUUACCUCACCCACGUCACCCACUAGUGUGACAUCGCCUACCAGUGGUACAUCUCCUACGUCUGUUACAAGUGGAACAUCGCCUACUAGUGUUACUUCACCCACCAGUGUAACAUCACAGACAAGUGUUACCUCAGCCACCAGUGUUACAUCACCUACGUCACCCACUAGUGUGACAUCGCCUACCAGUAGAACAUCCCCUACGUCUGUUACAAGUGGAACCUCGCCUACUAGUGUUACUUCACCCACGAGUGUGACAUCACCUACCAGUGUGACCUCUCCUACCAGCGGGACAUCACCUACCAGUGUGACAUCACCUACCAGUGUUACUUCGCCUACCAGCGUUACAUCUCUCACGUCUGUUACCAGUGGUACAUCCCCUACCUCUGUUACAAGUGGAACUUCGCCUACUAGUGUUACUUCACCCACGAGUGUGACAUCACCUACCAGUGUGACCUCUCCUACCAGCGUGACAUCACCAACCAGUGUUACAUCUCCCUCCAGUGUAACAUCGCCAACAAGUGUUACGUCCCCUACGUCUGUUACAAGUGAAACAUCACCUACCAGUAUAACAUCACCCACCAGUGUGACGUCACCUACCAGUGUGACGUCACCUACCAGUGUGACAUCACCUACCAGUGUGACAUCACCUACCAGUGUCACCUCACCUACAAGUGUUACAUCUCCCACCAGUGUAACAUCGCCAACAAGUGUUACAUCCCCUACAUCUUUCACAAGUGAAACAUCACCUACUAGUGUUAUUUCACCCAUCAGUGUGACAUCACCUACCAGUAAAACAUCACCAACAAGUGUUACAUCACCUACGAGUGUGACAUCACCUACCAGUGUGACAUCACCUGCCAGUGUUACUUCACCUACCAGUGUUACAUCUCCCACCAGUUUAACAUCGCCAAAAAGUGUUACGUCCCCCACAAGCAUUACGUCACCUACCAGUCUGACAUCACCUACCAGUGUUACUUCGCCUACCAGCGUUACAUCUCUCACGUCUGUUACAAGUGGAACAUCGCCUACCAGUUCCACUUCCCCCACUAGUGUAACUUCGCCAACAAGUGUUACAUCCCCUACCUCUGUUACAAGCGGAACAUCACCUACUAGUGUUACUUCACCGACCAGUGUAACAUCGCAAACAAGUGUUACCUCUCCCACCAGUGUUACAUCACCUACGUCACCCACUAGUGCGACAUCGCCUACAAGUGGUACAUCCCCUACGUCUGUUACAAGUGUAACAUCGCCAACAAGUGUUACGUCCCCAACAAGUAUUACGUCACCUACCAGUAUUACGUCACCUACCAGUGUGACGUCACCUACCAGUGUGACAUCACCUACAAGUGUUACAUCUCCCACCAGUGUAACAUCGCCAACAAGUGUUACAUCCCCUACGUCUUUUACAAGUGAAACAUCACAGACAAGUGUUACAAGUGAAACAUCGCCUACUAGUAUUACGUCACCCACCAGUGUGACGUCACCUACCAGUGUGACAUCCCCUACCAGUGUGACAUCACCUACAAGUGUUACAUCUCCCACCAGUGUAACAUCGCCAACAAGUGUUACGUCCCCAACAAGUAUUACGUCACCUACCAGUGUGACGUCACCUACCAGUGUUACUUCGCCUACCAGCGUUACAUCUCUCACGUCUGUUACAAGUGGAACAUCGCCUACCAGUUCCACUUCCCCCACCAGUGUAACAUCGCCAACAAGUGUUACAUCCCCUACCUCUGUUACAAGCGGAACAUCACCGACUAGUGUUACUUCACCGACCAGUGUAACAUCGCAAACAAGUGUUACCUCUCCCACCAGUGUUACAUCACCUACGUCACCCACUAGUGCGACAUCGCCUACAAGUGGUACAUCCCCUACGUCUGUUACAAGUGGAACAUCGCCUACUAGUGUUACUUCACCCACGAGUGUGACAUCACCUACAUCACCUACCAGUGUGACCUCUCCUACCAGCGUGACAUCACCUACCAGUGUUAAAUCUCCCACCAGUGUAACAUCGCCAACAAGUGUUACGUCCCCGACAUCUGUUACAAGUGAAACAUCGCUUACUAGUGUUACGUCACCCACCAGUGUGACGUCACCUACCAGUGUGACAUCCCCUACCAGUGUGACAUCACCUACAAGUGUUACAUCUCCCACCAGUGUAACAUCGCCAACAAGUGUUACGUCCCCAACAAGUAUUACGUCACCUACCAGUGUGACAUCACCUACCAGUGUGACAUCACCUUCAAGUGUUACAUCUCCCACCAGUGUAACAUCGCCAACAAGUGUUACAUCCCCUACGUCUUUUACAAGUGAAACAUCACCUACUAGUGUUACUUCACCCACUAGUGUAACAUCACAGACAAGUGUUACCUCAGCCACCAGUGUUACAUCACCUACGUCACCCACUAGUGUGACAUCACCUACCAGUGUGACCUCUCCCACAAGCGUGACAUCACCUACCAGUGUUACAUCUCCCACCAGUUUAACAUCGCCAACAAGUGUUACAUCCGCCACAAGUAUUACGUCACCUACCAGUGUGACGUCACCUACCAGUGUGACAUCACCUACCAGUGUGACAUCACCUUCAAGUGUUACAUCUCCCACCAGUGUAACAUCGCCAACAAGUGUUACAUCCCCUACGUCUUUUACAAGUGAAACAUCACCUACUAGUGUUACUUCACCCACUAGUGUAACAUCACAGACAAGUGUUACCUCAGCCACCAGUGUUACAUCACCUACGUCACCCACUAGUGUGACAUCACCUACCAGUGUGACCUCUCCCACAAGCGUGACAUCACCUACCAGUGUUACAUCUCCCACCAGUUUAACAUCGCCAACAAGUGUUACAUCCGCCACAAGUAUUACGUCACCUACCAGUGUGACAUCACCUACUUCGCCUACCAGCGUUACAUCUCUCAUGUCUGUUACAAGUGGAACAUCACCUACCAGUUUCACUUCCCCCACUAGUGUAACAUCGCCAACAAGUGUCACAUCCCCUAUCUCUGUUACAAGCGGGACAUCACCUACUAGUGUUACUUCACCCACCAGUGUAACAUCACAGACAAGUGUUACCUCAGCCACCAGUGUUACAUCACCUACGUCACCCACUAGUGUGACAUCGCCAAAAAGUGUUACGUCACCUACCAGUGUUACUUCGCCUACCAGCGUUACAUCUCUCACGUCUGUUACAAGUGGAACAUCGCCUACCAGUUCCACUUCCCCCACCAGUGUAACAUCGCCAACAAGUGUUACAUCCCCUACCUCUGUUACAAGCGGAACAUCACCUACUAGUGUUACUUCACCGACCAGUGUAACAUCGCAAACAAGUGUUACCUCGCCCACCAGUGUUACAUCACCUACGUCACCCACUAGUGCGACAUCGCCAACAAGUGGUACAUCCCCUACGUCUGUUACAAGUGGAACAUCGCCUUCUAGUGUUACUUCACCCACGAGUGUGACAUCACCUACAUCACCUACCAGUGUGACCUCUCCUACCAGCGUGACAUCACCUACCAGUGUUACAUCUCCCACCAGUGUAACAUCCCCAACAAGUGUUACGUCCCCGACAUCUGUUACAAGUGAAACAUCGCCUACUAGUGUUACGUCACCUACCAGUGUGACAUCACCUACAAGUGUUACAUCUCCUACCAGUGUAACAUCGCCAACAAGUGUUACAUCCCCUACGUCUUUUACAAGUGAAACAUCGCCUACUAGUGUUACUUCACCCACCAGUGUGACAUCACCUACCAGUAUUACAUCACCAACAAGUGUUACAUCCCGUACGAGUGUGACAUCACCUACAAGUGUUACUUCACCUACCAGUGUUACAUCUCCCACCAGUUUAACAUCGCCAACAAGUGUUACGUCCCCCACAAGUAUUACGUCACCUACCAGUGUGACAUCACCUACCAGUGUUACUUCGCCUACCAGCGUUACAUCUCUCACGUCUGUUACAAGUGGAACAUCGCCUACCAGUGUCACUUCCCCCACCAGUGUAACAUCGCCAACAAGUGUUACAUCACCUACCUCUGUUACAAGCGGAACAUCACCUACUAGUGUUACUUCACCCACAAGUGUAACAUCGCAGACAAGUGUUACCUCACCCACCAGUGUUACAUCACCAACGUCACCCACUAGUGUGACAUCGGCUACCAGUGGUACAUCCCCUACGUCUGUUACAAGUGGAACAUCGCCUACUAGUGUUACUUCACCCACGAGUAUGACAUCACCUACCAGUGUGACCUCUCCUACCAGCGUGACAUCACCUACCAGUGUUACAUCUCCCACCAGUUUAACAUCGCCAACAAGUGUUACGUCACCUACCAGUGUGACAUCACCUACCAGUGUUACUUCGCCUACCAGCGUUACAUCUCUCACGUCUGUUACAAGUGGAACAUCGCCUACCAGUUCCACUUCCCCCACCAGUGUAACAUCGCCAACAAGUGUUACAUCCCCUACCUCUGUUACAAGCGGAACAUCACCUACUAGUGUUACUUCACCGACCAGUGUAACAUCGCAAACAAGUGUUACCUCGCCCACCAGCGUUACAUCACCUACGUCACCCACUAGUGCGACAUCGCCUACAAGUGGUACAUCCCCUACGUCUGUUACAAGUGGAACAUCGCCUACUAGUGUUACUUCACCCACGAGUGUGACAUCACCUACAUCACCUACCAGUGUGACCUCUCCUACCAGCGUGACAUCACCUACCAGUGUUACAUCUCCCACCAGUGUAACAUCGCCAACAAGUGUUACGUCCCCGACAUCUGUUACAAGUGAAACAUCGCCUACUAGUGUUACGUCACCCACCAGUGUGACGUCACCUACCAGUGUGACAUCCCCUACCAGUGUGACAUCACCUACAAGUGUUACAUCUCCCACCAGUGUAACAUCGCCAACAAGUGUUACGUCCCCAACAAGUAUUACGUCACCUACCAGUGUGACGUCACCUACCAGUGUGACAUCACCUACAAGUGUUACAUCUCCCACCAGUGUAACAUCGCCAACAAGUGUUACAUCCCCUACGUCUUUAACAAGUGUUACUUCACCCACGAGUGUGACAUCACCUACAUCACCUACCAGUGUGACCUCUCCUACCAGCGUGACAUCACCUACCAGUGUUACAUCUCCCACCAGUGUUACAUCGCCAACAAGUGUUACGUCCCCAACAUCUGUUACAAGUGAAACAUCGCCUACUAGUGUUACGUCACCCACCAGUGUGACGUCACCUACCAGUGUGACAUCCCCUACCAGUGUGACAUCACCUACAAGUGUUACAUCUCCCACCAGUGUUACAUCGCCAACAAGUGUUACGUCCCCAACAAGUAUUACGUCACCUACCAGUGUGACGUCACCUACCAGUGUGACAUCACCUACAAGUGUUACAUCUCCCACCAGUGUAACAUCGCCAACAAGUGUUACAUCCCCUACGUCUUUUACAAGUGAAACAUCACCUACUAGUGUUACCUCACCCACCAGUGUAACAUCACUGACAAGUGUUACAAGUGAAACAUCGCCUACUAGUGUUACGUCACCCACCAGUGUGACGUCACCUACCAGUGUGACAUCCCCUACCAGUGUGACAUCACCUACAAGUGUUACAUCUCCCACCAGUGUAACAUCGCCAACAAGUGUUACGUCCCCAACAAGUAUUACGUCACCUACCAGUGUGACAUCACCUACCAGUGUGACAUCACCUACAAGUGUUACAUCUCCCACCAGUGUAACAUCGCCAACAAGUGUUACAUCCCCUACGUCUUUUACAAGUGAAACAUCACCUACUAGUGUUACUUCACCCACCAGUGUAACAUCACAGACAUCGCCUACCAGUGGUACAUCUCCUACGUCUAUUACAAGUGGAACAUCGCCUACUAGUGUUACUUCACCAACGAGUGUGACAUCACCUACCAGUGUGACCUCUCCCACAAGCGUGACAUCACCUACCAGUGUUACAUCUCCUACCAGUUUAACAUCACCAACAAGUGUUACAUCCGCCACAAGUAUAACGUCACCUACCAGUGUGACAUCACCUACUUCGCCUACCAGCGUUACAUCUCUCACGUCUGUUACAAGUGGAACAUCACCUACCAGUUUCACUUCCCCCACUAGUGUAACAUCGCCAACAAGUGUCACAUCCCCUACCUCUGUUACAAGCGGGACAUCACCUACUAGUGUUACUUCACCCACCAGUGUAACAUCACAGACAAGUGUUACCUCAGCCACCAGUGUUACAUCACCUACGUCACCCACGAGUGUGACAUCACCUACCAGUGUGACCUCUCCCACAAGCCUGACAUCACCUACCAGUGUUACAUCUCCCACCAGUUUAACAUCGCCAACAAGUGUUACAUCCGCCACAAGUAUUACGUCACCUACCAGUGUGACAUCACCUACUUCGCCUACCAGCGUUACAUCUCUCACGUCUGUUACAAGUGGAACAUCACCUACCAGUGUCACUUCCCCCACUAGUGUAACAUCGCCAACAAGUGUCACAUCCCCUACCUCUGUUACAAGCGGGACAUCACCUACUAGUGUUACUUCACCCACCAGUGUAACAUCACAGACAAGUGUUACCUCAGCCACCAGUGUUACAUCACCUACGUCACCCACGAGUGUGACAUCACCUACCAGUGUGACCUCUCCCACAAGCCUGACAUCACCUACCAGUGUUACAUCUCCCACCAGUUUAACAUCGCCAACAAGUGUUACAUCCCCCACAAGUAUUACGUCACCUACCAGUGUGACAUCACCUACUUCGCCUACCAGCGUUACAUCUCUCACGUCUGUUACAAGUGGAACAUCACCUACCAGUGUCACUUCCCCCACUAGUGUAACAUCGCCAACAAGUGUCACAUCCCCUACCUCUGUUGCAAGCGGGACAUCACCUACUAGUGUUACUUCACCCACCAGUGUAACAUCACAGACAAGUGUUACCUCAGCCACCAGUGUUACAUCACCUACGUCACCCACUAGUGUGACAUCGCCUACCAGUGGUACAUCUCCUACGUCUAUUACAAGUGGAACAUCGCCUACUAGUGUUACUUCACCCACGAGUGUGACAUCACCUACCAGUGUGACCUCUCCCACAAGCGUGACAUCACCUACCAGUGUUACAUCUCCUACCAGUUUAACAUCACCAACAAGUGUUACAUCCGCCACAAGUAUUACGUCACCUACCAGUGUGACAUCACCUACUUCGCCUACCAGCGUUACAUCUCUCACGUCUGUUACAAGUGGAACAUCACCUACCAGUGUCACUUCCCCCACCAGUGUGACAUCACCUACUUCGCCUACCAGCGUUACAUCUCUCACGUCUGUUACAAGUGGAACAUCACCUACCAGUGUCACUUCCCCCACUAGUGUAACAUCGCCAACAAGUGUCACAUCCCCUACCUCUGUUACAAGCGGGACAUCACCUACUAGUGUUACUUCACCCACCAGUGUAACAUCACAGACAAGUGUCACCUCAGCCACCAGUGUUACAUCACCUACGUCACCCACGAGUGUGACAUCACCUACCAGUGUGACCUCUCCCACAAGCCUGACAUCACCUACCAGUGUUACAUCUCCCACAAGUUUAACAUCGCCAACAAGUGUUACAUCCGCCACAAGUAUUACGUCACCUACCAGUGUGACAUCACCUACUUCGCCUACCAGCGUUACAUCUCUCACGUCUGUUACAAGUGGAACAUCACCUACCAGUGUCACUUCCCCCACUAGUGUAACAUCGCCAACAAGUGUCACAUCCCCUACCUCUGUUACAAGCGGGACAUCACCUACUAGUGUUACUUCACCCACCAGUGUAACAUCACAGACAAGUGUUACCUCAGCCACCAGUGUUACAUCACCUACGUCACCCACGAGUGUGACAUCACCUACCAGUGUGACCUCUCCCACAAGCCUGACAUCACCUACCAGUGUUACAUCUCCCACCAGUUUAACAUCGCCAACAAGUGUUACAUCCCCCACAAGUAUUACGUCACCUACCAGUGUGACAUCACCUACUUCGCCUACCAGCGUUACAUCUCUCACGUCUGUUACAAGUGGAACAUCACCUACCAGUGUCACUUCCCCCACUAGUGUAACAUCGCCAACAAGUGUCACAUCCCCUACCUCUGUUACAAGCGGGACAUCACCUACUAGUGUUACUUCACCCACCAGUGUAACAUCACAGACAAGUGUUACCUCAGCCACCAGUGUUACAUCACCUACGUCACCCACUAGUGUGACAUCGCCUACCAGUGGUACAUCUCCUACGUCUAUUACAAGUGGAACAUCGCCUACUAGUGUUACUUCACCCACGAGUGUGACAUCACCUACCAGUGUGACCUCUCCCACAAGCGUGACAUCACCUACCAGUGUUACAUCUCCUACCAGUUUAACAUCACCAACAAGUGUGAGAUCCGCCACAAGUAUUACGUCACCUACCAGUGUGACAUCACCUACUUCGCCUACCAGCGUUACAUCUCUCACGUCUGUUACAAGUGGAACAUCACCUACCAGUGUCACUUCCCCCACCAGUGUGACAUCACCUACUUCGCCUACCAGCGUUACAUCUCUCACGUCUGUUACAAGUGGAACAUCACCUACCAGUGUCACUUCCCCCACUAGUGUAACAUCGCCAACAAGUGUCACAUCCCCUACCUCUGUUACAAGCGGGACAUCACCUACUAGUGUUACUUCACCCACCAGUGUAACAUCACAGACAAGUGUCACCUCAGCCACCAGUGUUACAUCACCUACGUCACCCACGAGUGUGACAUCACCUACCAGUGUGACCUCUCCCACAAGCCUGACAUCACCUACCAGUGUUACAUCUCCCACAAGUUUAACAUCGCCAACAAGUGUUACAUCCGCCACAAGUAUUACGUCACCGACCAGUGUGACAUCACCUACUUCGCCUACCAGCGUUACAUCUCUCACGUCUGUUACAAGUGGAACAUCACCUACCAGUGUCACUUCCCCCACUAGUGUAACAUCGCCAACAAGUGUCACAUCCCCUACCUCUGUUACAAGCGGGACAUCACCUACUAGUGUUACUUCACCCACCAGUGUAACAUCACAGACAAGUGUUACCUCACCCACCAGUGUUACAUCACCUACGUCACCCACUAGUGUGACAUCGCCUACCAGUGGUACAUCUCCUACGUCUGUUACAAGUGGAACAUCGCCUACUAGUGUUACUUCACCCACGAGUGUGACAUCACCUACCAGUGUGACCUCUCCUACCAGCGUUACAUCUCCCACCAGUGUAACAUCGCCAACAAGUGUUACAUCCCCUACUAGUAUGACAUCACCUACCAGUUUUACAUCACCUACCAGUGUGAUAUCACCAACAAGUAUGACAUCACCAACCAUAUUGUGCAUUACUAGUAUGACGUCGCCUACUAGCAUAACAUCUGUAACAUCCCCAACAAGUGUAACCUCUGUUACAUCUCCCACCAGUGUAACCUCGCCUACUAGUGUCACAUCACCUACCAGUGUUACGUCACCUACCAGUGUGACAUCACCCACCAGUGUGACAUCACCAACAAGUAUGACAUCACCAACCAGUAUGACAAGC